UGGAAAUGAUCCAGCAUGUCUGCAGCCUGCAGCUCCACAGAAAAUAUUUGAUCAGACCUGGUUUAUAGAAGAGAGCCAGAUUUCCCAGUCUCAUGUCACCACCUUAAACCCGAGGCUUCAUCUCUGGCAGCUUUUAGAGAAGGAGCUGAAGGAUGCUGAGCAGGAGGAGAAGGGCGUGAGGCUGCAGGAUGCCAGCGUGUGCCCCCGAGCCCUGCAGCGCUGCCAGGUAAAAUCAGACUAUGACCAUCUUCGAGAAACCUUUCUCAGAGUGACCAAAGAACGAGAUUUGGCUGUAAGGGGAAAACACCAGCUCCAAGCCAAGCUGGAGAACCUAGAGCAGGUCCUAAAGCACAUGCGAGAGGCUGCGGAACGGCGGCAACAGCUGGAGCUGGAGCAUGAGCAAGCCUUGGCUGUCCUCAACGCCAAACAGCAGGAGAUCGAGCUGCUGCAGAAGGCUCAGGUUGAAGCUAAGAAGGAACAUGAAGGAGCAGUUCAGUUGCUAGAGGCCAAGGUGCGGGAGCUGGAGGAGAAAUGCCGGACGCAGAGCGAGCAGUUUAACCUCCUGUCGCGGGAGCUGGAGCGGUUCCGGCAGCAGGCGGGCAAGAUCGACCUCCUCAGCAGCAACUCCCUGGCACCCCCGGGCCUGGCUGGGGCUCCUGGAAAAUCCCUGUCCCAGCUGAUGAAUGGAAUUGCCACUUCCAUAGGCAAAGGUCAUGAAAGCCCUUCUGGAAGUCGCUGUGUGAUUUCAGAGUUUAUCCGGCCCCUUCAGAUAUCUGGAGACAAACCAGAACAACUGUCUGUCAAACCCACAUUGCUGUCCAAGUCAAGAUCUGGGACCCCAAGAUGCAGAUUUGAUUCAGACAUGGAUAAUGAUCAGAAUUCCAAUACCUCAAAGCAGAGAUAUUCUGGGAAAGUCCACCUUUGCAUUGCCCGGUACAGCUACAACCCCUUUGAUGGACCAAAUGAGAACCCAGAGGCGGAGCUCCCUCUCACGGCAGGAAAAUACCUUUAUGUCUACGGGGACAUGGACGAGGAUGGCUUCUAUGAAGGAGAACUUCUGGAUGGACAAAGAGGACUGGUCCCUUCGAACUUUGUGGAUUUUGUUCAGGACAACGAGAGCCGGUUGUCAAGCACACUGAGCAGCGAGCAGGAUCAGAACUUCAUCAACCGCUCGGGCCCUCCCCUGGAAGGAGAUCUCUUGGAGAUCAGUCCCCCGACUCACAUCGACUCCGGCGUGGUCAGCAACGGCGCGGGGACGCUGGACGUGAACAUUGAUGAGAUUGGAGAAGACAUUGUGCCUUAUCCUAGAAAAAUCACCCUUAUCAAACAACUAGCCAAAAGUGUUAUUGUGGGCUGGGAGCCACCGGUGGUGCCGCCCGGCUGGGGAACCGUCAGCAGCUACAACGUGCUGGUGGACAAGGAGAUCAGGAUGAACGUAGCCCUGGGCAGCAGGACGAAAGCCCUGAUAGAAAAGCUCAACAUCUCCACCUGCACAUACCGGAUAUCCAUCCAGAGCAUCACCAACAAGGGCAACUCCGACGAGCUGCAGUGCACCUUGGUGGUGGGCAAGGACGUCAUCGUAGCCCCCUCCAACCUCAGAGUGGACAACAUCACCCAGAUUUCUGCUGAGCUGUCCUGGCUCCCUACAAACAGUAAUUACAGUCAUGUCAUCUUCCUGAACGAGGAGGAGUUUGACAUUGUCAAGGCUGCUAGCUACAAGUACCAUUUUUUUAAUUUGAAGCCCAAUAUGGCCUACAAGGUGAAGGUCAUGGCAAAGCCCCACCAGAUGCCCUGGCAGCUUCCCCUGGAACAGCGAGAAAAAAAGGAAGCCUUUGUGGAAUUUUCUACAUUGCCAGCAGGUCCUCCAGCUCCACCUCAAGACGUGUCUGUCCGGGCAGGGUCCACACCAGGGACCAUCCAGGUGUCCUGGAAGCCGCCGGUGCUGUCGGCGACGGGGACGUCACACGGUGCCAGCGUCACGGGCUACGGUGUCUACGCCAAAGGCCAGCGGGUGGCAGAGGUGAUGUUCCCAGCAGCCGAGAGCGCGCCGCUGGAGCUGCGCAGCCUGCGCAGCCUGGACGCCAGGGAAGUGACGGUCCGGACGCUCUCUGCGCAGGGAGACUCGGUGGACUCUUGUGUUGCUGCCAUUCCAUCUGACCUCCUGGUGCCUCCAACCCCUCACCCCAGAACUGCUCCCAAAUCUAAGCCAUUAGCAAGUGCCGGAGCCCCAGAAACCAAAGAAGAACACUUAGGCCCACAUUUAAAAAGGGAUGAGUCGUGGGAGCAGACUCGUUCGGUGUCCCCUGUCCACGGACACAUGCUGGAGCCACCCAACUUCCACGGCCCACUCCAGGGGAGGAGAUCUCCAUCCCCCAACAGAAUCCUGCCCCAGCCUCAAGGCACUCCAGUCCCCAACACCGUCGCAAAAGCCAUGGCAAGAGAAGCUGCACAAAGAGUGGCAGAGAGCAACAGGAUGGAGAGGAGGAGCGUUUUCAGCGAGCGGAGCAGCGCGGCCCCGUUCUCCGAUGAGGAGGAGGAUGGUUAUGACUCCCCCAAGGUCAAGCGAAGGGGAGCCUCAGUUGAUGAUUUCCUGAAAGGGUCAGAACUUGGCAAGCAGGCUCACUACUGCCACGGGGAUGAGUACCAGACGGAGAGCAGCCGCGGCUCCGACCUGUCCGACAUCCUGGAGGAGGAUGAGGAGGAGCUCUACUCCGAGAUGCAGCUGGAGGAGGGCGGCCGGCGGCGCCUCAGCCUCACCUCGCACGGCGCGCUCAAGGAGUACGAUAAGACCACUGAAGCCACUUUUUGGGAGCAGCCUGACUUUGCCCAGCAGACACACCACAGUAAAAGGCUUUUCAGUAUUCCAGAAGUGGCUGAAGAGGACGGUGAAUACUCUGAACUGCUGUACAGGCAGGGUUUAGGUAUGCCCUAUAGAAAGAACCCCAGAGCAGCCAGAGAGCCCAGAGCACGCAGGCCCUGUCCCCAGGAGCAGCAGCACAGCCCCUGGCACCGCUCGGGGCCGGGGCUGGAGGAGCUGGUGCCGGACGAGCGCGGGUGCAAAUUCAGACAGUCCCUGUCCCGGAGCCCGGACAGCGGGCUGGACUGCGGCAGCGAGGAAGAGGAGCCCAGGGGCAGCGCCAGACACACCUGGGGCAGGGAGGAAGAGGAGCCCAGGGGCAGUGCCAGACACACCUGGGGCAGGGAGGAAGAGGAGCCCAGGGGCAGCGCCAGACACACCUGGGGCAGGGAGGAAGAGGAGCCCUGGCACAGUUUCAGACCCCAGUGGGACAGGGAUGAAGAGCAAUUCCAGCACAGUGUGAGAGCCCAGUGGGGCAGGGAUGAGGAUGAGGGUGAGGAACAGCUCCAGCACAGAGCCCGGUGGGGCAGGGAUGAAGAGCAACCCCAGCACAGGCUCAGAGCUCAUUGGGGCAGGGAUGAAGAGCAGUCCCAGCAUGGUGUGAGAGCCCAUUGGGGCAGGGAUGAAGAUGAGGAUGAGGAGCAGCCCCAGCACAGAGCUCAGUGGGGCAGGGAUGAGGAUGAGGAUGAAGAUGAGGAUGAGGAUGAGGAGCAGCCCCAGCACAGAGCCCAGGGGGACGCAGAGCCCUGCCCCUGCCGGAGGGGCCCGCGGCCGCUGCUGGCCCGCAGGAGGACCCUGACCAGGCAGAGCAGCAUCGAGGAGGAUUUCGGGGAGCUGGGGCCGUCCCUCGGGGAGCCCAGGAGCGAGCAGAGCCAGCAGAGGAGGUCGGCAGCUCAGAAGGGCCACAGAACAGAUCGUGUGGCUAACGAAGAAGUGCAGGGAGGCUGGAAGAGCGACUUUAAAGCAGCUGACUCUAGGGCAGCUGCUGUCCCUGCAAAGCCAUCCCACAGAGAUGCAGAAGACUCUCUGCUUUUAGGUAACCCAGCCUCGGCAGGACGGCAGGACAGGGUGGAGCACGCAGGGCGGAGGUCCCACGGCAGCGCGGUGCCACCGAGGUCUCGGCCCGUGUUGGUCCCAUCCAUUGAUGGCUACGGUGGCCAUGACCAUCUUUCUCCAGAUAUUUAUGAGGAGUCUGAAACAGAUCCUGGCACAGAAGAUCUUUCCACUCGAAUAUUUGUUGCACUUUUUGACUACGAUCCACUGACCAUGUCCCCAAACCCCGAUGCUGCAGAGGAGGAGCUGCCAUUUAAAGAAGGACAGAUCAUUAAGGUUUACGGGGACAAAGAUGCUGAUGGAUUUUACCGUGGAGAAACCUGUGCAAGAGUUGGCCUUAUCCCCUGUAAUAUGGUCUCUGAGAUACAAACAGAUGAUGAAGAGAUGAUGGAUCAGCUUCUCAAACAAGGUUUCCUUCCUUUGAACACUCCAAUUGAGAAAAUCGAGCGGGGCCGGCGCAGGCAGCAGCAGCUCAGCACCAGGAGGAUGGUGGCUCUCUACGACUACGACCCCAGGGAGAGCUCCCCGAACGUGGAUGUGGAGGCCGAGCUGACGUUCUGCACCGGGGACAUCAUCACCGUCUUCGGUGAGAUCGAUGAAGAUGGAUUUUAUUAUGGUGAACUCAAUGGACAAAAGGGGCUGGUUCCUUCCAACUUCCUUGAAGAAGUGCCUGAUGAUGUUGAGGUGUUUCUCUCCGACGCACCCUCGCGCUACGUCCACGACACACCCACGCGAUCCAAGGCAAAAAGGGUUCCUCCUGAGAAUACAGGUACACCCCGGAGAGCACCAUCCCCCACAGCUCAUCUCCAUUCCGGGUCACCUCCGUCACCGGUGAUGGGCUCUGGUAGUCCCGGGAGAGGCAGGGAUAUGGCCUCGAAAAAGAAAAAGGGGCUGCUUUCCAAAGGCAAGAAACUGCUGAAAAAGCUUGGUGCAGUGAAAUGAGUCCUGUGCUCCUGGACAACUUGUAAAGCUUCCAGUCUGUGUACUUCUUUUUUUUUUUUUUUUUUUUUUUUUUUUUAAAGUCAAAACUAGGGCUUUCAUGACUAUGCAGUACUUUACCAGACCUCUGCAUUUUUAACUCUGACAUCAAUAGAAUCAUGUGAAUCGCUUAAUCAAAACAGCAAGAAAAAAAAGGAAGUGUUGUUGGUAAAAACAUUAUUUAAAAAGUAAAAAAAUAAAAAAAUAAAUAGAUAUUGUGGGAUUAAGGCCAGAAGAACAUGGUUUUAUUUGAAGUCAACACCUGCAACUCCAUUGGAAAAAUCUCAGCCUUUGUUCUCCUUUAACCAUGAGUGGGGGGAGAAAACUCUCUUCACUGAUUGCUAGCUCAGAGAGAUCACCCCACUGUAUCCAAUCAUUAGCAUUAACAACAAUGGUCUUGAAACUCCUAGUUGAAUCAGCCUUGAUGUUUUGCCUUAUUAAUGCACAAUGAUUUGUACUGUCUAAUAAAUAUGCAGCGUAUACUUUGUA